AUGGCAUCCGAUAAAGACGUUCGAAGAGCAGCUUUGCUAAGACGGUACUGCAAACUUCAAACUUCUCUUACAGAAGUAUGUGAAGCAUUGAAGGUGAUUGACGAGAAUGCUUUGACUUCGGAGGAAAUCAGGGUAUUAUCAAACAAUGAUGAUGAUCUUGAACAAGUUAUUGCAAAGAGCUCCGUCGUAUCUUUAACCACUUAUUUGAAGGAAACAGAUUCUACUUCACGGGCUCUACAGUCUUACGAGUCGAAGAAGUUCAAGGAGGAUGCGAAAUGGUUCAAUGGAUUGGUAAACUAUCCAGUAGUUUCUGAUGCCGCUUUGGAGAACUUGGCUUUCCGGCACAAAAGCUCGACUAGUAUGCAUGCUCAUGCAACGAAGAUUGACAUGGCUGUUGCUACAAAUGAGAGACUGGAGUUCUUAGGCGAUAGCUGGCUUGGUGCCUUGAUCUCCUAUAUCCUUUACAAGAGAUACCCGUAUGCUAAUGAGGGUGCUUUGUCCAAAAUGCGUUCAGCAAUUGUGAACAACGGAAAUCUGAGCAAAUGGUGCAAGAAAGUUGGGUUUGACCAAAGACUUCAGGCCAAUAUUCCUAGGAUGGUUAAUCAUGUCAAAGACUGGACUUCAAAGUAUCAUGCGGAUUGCUUUGAAGCCUAUGUUGGUGCCCUUGUAGUUGACAGAUAUGCGGCGGAAUUUGGUGGGAUUGCUGAAUGGCUUGAACAGCUAUCAGGCGAGAUAUUUGAGCAAAUGGGCUCUCAGAUGGUUGCUGAUCCAACAAAUAAAAACGCCAAAUAUGAGUUAUCGCAGCUUCUGUUGCAAAACAAAGCUGGAGCGCAGCUCGCGUACCACAGAUUGAACUCGUCAUCUCCAUUUAAGGUUGAAGUGAGGCUCGGAGAUAUUUCCCUUGCUACUGGAGAGGGAUCCAGCAUCAAGGAGGCCGAACAAAGGGCUGCAAUGAAGGCUUUGCUUGAUACCACCAAGCUCAAAACCUAUAGCUUGUAUGAAAUCGAGGACCGCUUGAUCGAGCCUGCUAGAAAGAAUGGGGAGCCAAUCGCUCUUCUUGGUGACAUCGAUGAGCAAGCUUUACAACGUGAGCUGGAAGUGACUUCCAGCGAUGAAAAUCUGGUAUCACCAAAUGUACCUGAAGCAAUUUCAGUGAAUGCAGAAGCGACUGUACCUCCUAAGGUCCCUCAGCCUGCGCCUGCUCCUGAAGGUAUAUCACAGGCUCAAAUGGAUGAGAUCGUGGAAAUGCUCACUGGGAAAUUGAAGGAAACAGUUUUGUCGACCGUUAAAGCAGCAAUAAAAGAUACUGGUCUACAACUUCGAUCAACUGGUGAUAAAGUAGAUAAAUCAGCCGCGCAGGCUGAAAAAGCUGGAGAGGUUUCAAAGUAUGGUCAGAUUGUACAAGAUAGCCCUGCUCAGGCUAGAGAAAUGCAAACGAAACCUUCUAAUGGCGCACAGCGUCUUCCAUUGAAUCAGGCUCCUUUUGCCGCCCCUGCAAAGAUUGAUUCUCUUGCAAGCAGCAUUCUGCCAAAACCUCAAGCAUUGCCAAAACCUCAGGCAAUGCCAAAACCUCAAGCAAUGCCAACAACUCAGGCAAUGCCAACAACUCAGGCAAUGCCAACAACUCAGGCAAUGCCAACAACUCAGGCAAUGCCAACAACUCAGGCAAUGCCAACAACUCAGGCAAUGCCAACAACUCAGGCAAUGCCAACAACUCAGGCAAUGCCAACAACUCAACCGACAUCUAUACCUGUUUUACCAUCUGCAUCAAAACCCUCAAUCGCCACUUCCUAUGAUGCUUUGAGAUCUAUAUCAAAGCCGCCUUAUCCCGGCCCCACUGCGCAAAGACCUACAGAUGAUCAGACUCUUCAACAAGCUCCAGGCGUUGAAUCAUUCCAAAUAGACUCUUCUUGGAAACAAAGGCUCUAUGCCUUUUUAGGUCCAAGAGGAUGUAAACCAUACUAUAAGACAGAAGCAAUAGGCUUGCAGACUUUUUUCUCUUCAUGUAUGAUUGAGGGCUUCACGGUCGUUCUUGGGACCGGAACCGCUUCAAGUAAGAAGCAAGCUGAGCAAAUAGCUGCUUAUCGUGGAUUACACAGCGAAGAACUCAAAGAAUUUCUGGCAAAUCCUUUGUCUUUUUCGGUCGCCAACAACUAA